CAGUUAACCAGCAGAUGAGCAGCAGCAUCUUUCUGCACGGCGUCACAAACCAUUUACAGGAGCUCAAGAUGAAGCUGUUGGUGUGGCUCAGCGUUCUCCUCGGCCUCUUUGCUUGUCAUCUUAGCGAGGCCAGAGUCAUCCCAGAAGGAGAACCUCCAGCUGUUCCCUACUGGCCCUACUCCACCUCCGACUUCUGGAACUACAUCGAAUACUUCCGAUCCAUCGGAGCCUACAACCACAUCAACGAGAUGGCCCGGGCCUUCUUCGCCCACCAGCACCUCGGGGACACCCUGGGAUACGAGAGCAACCAAGGGCACGAACACUGAGCAGAGCGGAAGAAGUUGGUAGAUGGUGGAAAGAAAAGGGAAUCUGAUGUCUUGAAUAAAUAAAGAGAGUCAUUUCUUACUUUAAAAGAAAGGGAAGAUUAUGAGGAAAAAAUGGAAUUAUAUGUAAAAUGAGGAAAAUGUGCAAGAAAUUAUAUGAAGUGAUGGGAGUGCACACACUUAAGCUUUUUUUCUUUUUCUUUUCUCAACUAUACCACAGUUUGUAGCAUGGUCAUAUCUAGAGAACACAAUUAGAGUAAAUAGCCAUAUCAUAGGUUUGUAUAAUA